AUGCGAUUUCAAGUGAACCCAUGGCUCCUCAAGACAUCGGCACCCCCGUAAGCCCCCACCCCGCCCCACCUUUCGAUUCAGCUGUUCAGCUGGAGCCCUGCGCUAACUCUCAGUCCACCAUAUGCUCCCACAGGAUACCACGUGCAUCAGUCUGGGCCAAAGAAUACGAUGCAUCUUCCUCCUCGUCCCUGGGUCCCUUGAUCAACCUCGCCCAAGGCGUACCUGGCGCCCCACCUCCUGCCGAGUUCCAACGACGACUUGCGGAGGCAGCGGCCAAACCCGAAACAACACGAUACGGCGAUCUUCGUGGGGAUGACCACCUGAGGGAAGCUUUGUCACACGAUGUUACUCGGGCAUAUGGCGUCAAGGAGGGAGGAGUUGCUGCUGGGGAAAUCGUGGUCACCGCUGGCGCCAACUUGGUGAGCUUAUGUGGGGGUCUCGUGCUUCUGGGUUUCGAGAGGCGCGGUGCUAAAGUAGGGAGGGGUCUCGUGCAUCGUUCCAGGGCUUCUACUCGAUAAUGGUCUCUCUGGCACAAACGGGCGACGAAGUGAUUCUCCCUACUCCUUGGGUAGGUAUUCGCUUUCUCGAGCGCCGCUGAAUCCACUCGGACCCCACACGAGCUGAUUUGAUCCUCUUGGGUCCUCGGCAGUACUUCAACCAGUCCAUGAGUCUCGACCAACUCGGGAUCACCACCGUUCCUCUCGUAUGCGAUGCCCCAUCAUUCCAACCUUCGGCCGAAAGAGCCGAGAGUCUCAUCACUUUGAAAACUCGUGCCAUCGUGCUCGUCACGCCCAACAACCCUACCGGAGCCAUUUACUCCGACGAGCUGCUACACCGAUUCGCAGUAUUGGCCAGACGACAUCGGAUAGCCCUAGUCAUCGGUGAUUCACCACAGAGAUGUUUUGCUCUCGGUAUGGUCGCUGAUUCGAGAUAAACUUCACGCAGACGAGACCUAUCGGGAAUUUCUCGCACCCGGUGCACCCCCACAUACCCUCUUUCAAGACCAAGAUUGGCGCGCGUACCUCGUUCAUAUAUUUUCUUUCUCCAAGUGAGUCUAUGAUUCAACCCCCCGACAUAUGUGCCAUUGUUGAUCAAGUUUUCGUGUGCACCACCAGAUCCUACGCCAUCCCAGGCCACCGAUUAGGCGCUGUGAUCGCUUCCGAAGACUUUCUCACGCAGGUGCACAAGGUAGGAGCGGUCCAUCAUCGAUAUCCGGUGUAGCACAAGUCGAACAAGAUACUGGGACUGACUGCUCAAAUCGGUGCGCCUCUACAGGCGCUUGACUGUCUACAGAUCUGUCCGGCUCGACCAGCGCAAGAAGUCGUCGCUUGGGCUAUGGGGGCGAUGCGCUCAUGGCGAGAGGAGACACGGGAUGAGAUUAUGAGACGGCAAGACGUCUUCAAGGAUCUUUUGGAAGAUGUUGAAGGGUGGGAAGUUUGUGUCGGCGGUGGCUAUUUUGCCUACGUAGGUUCGACAGUCCCAGCCUCGGAGAAAGGGUCUGGACCGAACCUCGCUGACUUCUGCGCUCUUGUAUAGGUCAAACAUCCCUUCAAGAAGUCGAGCUCGGAACUUGUCGCUUCAAGAUUGGGCUCCCAAGUCGGCAUCGUCGUACUCCCCGGCACAUUCUUCGGCCCCGAAUUCGACAACGUCGAUGACGAUCGCUACAUCCGUUUCUGUGAGUCACCGGUCAACGUCAACGAGCAAUUCGUGGGCCCCUGUUCACAAUGUGGUCGAUCUCGCAGCUAUUGCGAACGUUUCGAUCGAAAUGCUGCAACUCGUACCGGCGAGGCUGAGAAGGCUGAACGAGAUUUGGGAUACAUUGUCCCGGUCAUGA